AAAUUUAAAUCGAUACACGGGCCCCCGCCUGCUCCGAAUACUUUUCAUCCCCACCCCGCUCGCACGAUCAUACCUCCACCUCGUGUCCGCCCUCUCAACUCUCAAGUUCGAUCCGCGUCCUCCGUCUAACUUCGUGUUUUUUAUUUAAAUUUCUCCACGCUGAGUAUAACCUCGAAAAAAUAUGGCUACCCGUGCUAUUGGCACCGGUCAUCCGCGCAAAUUUAACGUUGACCGCGUACCCGGACAACCCAAGAGACGCAGAAAAAUCACACUCGUUUUUGACGAAGAAAAAAGACGAGAAUUCCUGGGAGGAUUUCACAAAAGAAAAGUUCAACGAAAAAAAAAGGCUCAAGAGGAAUUACAACAGAAGUUGAAAGAAGAGAAAAAAAGGAUUAAACAGGAUGCUCGUGAAAAAUUCAAGACACUAUUAUCCCAACGAGACGUGCCUGAACUGGAAGAACUUUGGUCAAAACAGGAGUACGAGGAUGAAGAACGUACAGUUAGUAUUCUGGAAUUGGAUGUGACAGAUUUGGCUAAGAGAAGCAAUUCGAUAGGUACCAAUCAACCGAUCUAUGAAGAGGAUGUAUCAAAAGAAUCGACAGACGAGGAGAAUUCUGAUGAAGAAGUGACUGGAAUGGAAUUGAAAGAAAAGGUUGCAGAAAAAACGCCAAAAGUUGAAAAAAAUACGUCAGAUAAACGAAAGAAAGAGCCUGAAACGAAAAAAGAAGUAGCUCGAGCCGUCAAAAGAGCCGCUUUGAAGCAAGUUAACACCAGUAAAGUUUUUCUACUGAAGCAGAGACUCGAACGUCAGAAGAACAAAAAACGGUCGAAUCAACUGAAAAUGCGACAGGAAAAACUAUUAAAAAAAUCCCGUGGGAAAAUAAAAAAGAAAUCGAAAAAAUGAACAAUUUGAUAAUGUUUUUUUUGUUAAUAAAUUUUGCAGCACCUAUAAAUUCUAAAUUGUGUAUAAUACCGAGCAAUACUGUUAUUUUUUUGUACCAUAAUCGUAAUAGGACUUGCCAAUAACUUAAUA